AUGGGAUAUCAUUCUUUACCUCAAGGAGAAAUGUAUUGGUCUCUUGAUAAGGACAUUUCUUUCCUGCUGUACGAGAAUCCAUGCCAUGUUUGCAAUUGGAAUAUGAAGCAGAAUUUGCAUUUAGCUGCCAAUAAUCAAAUUAACAAUACUGAUAAAUUACAUAAGGUGAGACCGUAUGUAAACUUACUAAAUAAGAAAUUCCAACAAUUUGGUAUAUUCUCCCAUGAUCUGAGUAUUGACGAGCAAAUGGUUCCUUAUCGAGGCAAACAUUCAACAAAGAUGUUUUUAAAAGGGAAACCUAUAAGAUUUGGAUACAAAGCAUGGACUCUGGCAUCAUCUGAUAGAUAUGUGUUUCAUUUUGAUAUUUAUGCAGGUAAGGUGACAGCUCUAAAAUUAAAAGAAUAUGAAGAAUUUGGGCUUGGAGGAAGUGUGGAUGAGUAUAUCAUACAUGCAUCAGCAGUUAAUCCUCUUACGAGAUGGCAAGCCACUUGGCACAACUCACCUUGGAGAUGGCGUGUUGCA